AUGAAGCGAGCGCGAUGCGAUGGCAGCGAUGGAGCGGCGGCGGCGGCGGUAGCGAAGCCUUCGCCUCUUGCUCCUCCGGCGGGCGAGGGGCGGUAUCGGGGCGUGCGCCGGCGGCCAUGGGGGCGCUACGCGGCGGAGAUCAGGGAUCCCAGGAGCAAGGAGCGGCGAUGGCUGGGCACCUUCGACACCGCCGAGGACGCGGCGAUCGCCUACGACAAUGCCGCCAGGGCGAUGCGCGGCGCGCGAGCAAGAACGAAUUUCCAGUAUUCUUCUUCUUCCUGUUCGUCUCCUUCUCCUUCUUCUCCGCUCGCUUCCUCCUCAUCGUCUUGCUCCGGGUGUUAUUCCUCGGGGCCGACGCUAUCGCAGUGCUCCUCGAAUUUGGCGGCGCCGAUGGCCCCUCUCCCGGCGACCAUGGAGCUCGUCCAGCGCGGGCCAUUCUUGCUUCCCAGGAUCGCCCAGGGCUUCGGGCAGGCGCCGAGCCAGCCCCUCCAGCACCACCGCUGGCCGAUCUACGAUUCGAGCAACAUGUCCUCCUCUCCUUCUUCUUCCUCCAACGCCAAGAGUUCUUCCAUCCAGCCAUCUCUUUCCACCAACAUCCAAUCCGCCGCUACUGCCACUACUGCCACCACCACUACCACCACUCCGAUCAAAAGCACUGGACCUUUGUCUCCGCGGGAUCUUUGUCCAGAUCGUCACUCCUCGAGCAGCAGCACUGCGAGCUUCGAGAGGCAUCACGACCGUUCUUCCUCCUCCGCGUCGUCUCUAUGGCUCCAAGUCGCGGCUCAAAUGCAAAUCCAGCAGCAAGAUCAUCCUCCCGAGCAGCGGCUCUCCCCGGACGAGAUUUGCAGUGGCUUCAUCUUCGACGCUAGCAACUUAAACAUCCCCAGCUUGUAUGAGGUGAGCUGUGGACUUUGGAGUGACACCAUAGCCACCACCAACAGCUCAUCCUCGUCGCGCGAGUUUAAUCCCGGCACCACCACUGCCACUCCCCCGAGUUCUUGCAGUGCGAUCCAGCCACAGGUGACGAUCGCCCAGCAGCAGCAGGUAGCGAUUCCUGCAGCGUCUCCUCUUCACGAUCAUCGAGAGAAAGAAGAUCGUCAGAAUCAGGAUCAACAAAACGGCGGCGGCGGCGGCGGCCAAGUCAGGAAUCUCACCGACGAGAUUAUCGACGACGUCGAGAGUUUUUCAUCAUCGCUGCUCGGUGACGAAUCCACGUUGAUGUAUGACAUGCAGCUCCUCCAAGGCUUGGUGUGCAUGCAAUCCUAUCUGGAUUGA